ACCCCCCCACCUUCCCUCCGAUGGGGGAUUCAGAUGGAUUCAAUGCUGUGCCACAGAUGGCUUCGAUGGGACCACCGCCCGUGUUGAGCUCCCUCUGGACAGGCGGCGCUUCUCCGGACAGCCGCGGAGACUACUACGACGACCCCCACGAAGAGUACUCCGACUGCCGCUACGAGGGCGACUACGAGGUCGACUACUCGAAGCCCACCGAGGAGGACCAAGAGGAGGAGUCGUGCUCCUGUCAGAGCCAGACCUGUCAGAGCCAGACCUGUCAGAGCCAGAGCGAGUUCAGCUCGAUAGAGCGCACCGAGUCGGACUCGGAGUGGGAGGAGCUCUCCGUCGGCCCUUCCCCAAGGUCUCCCCGCUGGAGUCCCUCGGCGCAGUCGUGCUCUCCACAAUGCAGCCGGAGCACCGUCAGCGCAUGGUGGCCUUGUACCACCUCGUCUUGGAGACCGCUGUGGUCAAGGUCGUGCUGCUGGUGCUGCAACUGCUGUGCUGCGCGGUGUUCUGGCUGGUCGAGAAGACCGUGGGCUUCAACGAAACCGAUUCCCCUGUCGCCGAUAGCCCGCAUCCUCUGCGUUCCAGAAUCUGCGGAAGUUUCCAGCGGGAGCUACUGGCGUGCAUCAGCCGUCGAGUAG